AACACACCAAAACAUACUACAGCGUGCAAUCGAUUUAUGCUCGAACGACGUACUUCUAUUUUAAAGUGCAUUAUUUAACCUCGCAAUACUAAGAUACCGACCUACAAUGGAUUUCCUCUAUCCUGUGUACAAUGCAGGGAAGGACUUUCUUUCCAGCGAAACUUUGGUUACGACCGUUAGAUAUGCUGUGACCUUCUUUGUGAUUGCCCUUGUGUCCUAUGCAGUCGCAGUCCAUCAUUACUGGGAAGUACUAUUUGCCGAGAGUAGACUCAAACGAACAAGCCCCCUAUGCCCAUCGAACAAGCAGGCUCCGAAGGUUGGUCGGUAAGUGUCAAGCUCGGCUGUGCCACUCGUAGCGAAAGCACAUUGAGGGAAUGAAUUGCCGGCAAGAUCGUUCCAGACACAGCAAAGCGCCGAAGAUUGUUGAGUUUCUUGUUUGAUCUGUCCCCGGCAAAAAGGAGGCUCACGUUCGCUUUUGGCAUAUUCUUUCCCGGUAACUAGUUUCUCGGUAAACCAAAAAGAAAUCCUGCAGAACGCAGAACAGCACAAAGCCUUUCAGGACUGCGAAUUGAUCCUCGACGUGCAGGAAAAGCAAAAGAACUGGAGAGACAACACCGUCAUCCGUGAACGGGCCAAGCGCAUCGGAUUCGGAGGCCAUAUCGACACGGAGGAGGAAGCAGAUACCCUCGACAUGGAUCACGUUUUCAUCAAAUUUUCCGAUUUUCUGUGGGGAUUCUUGUUUAUCGCGCCAAUGUCGAUGUACUUGUGGAUAAGGGGGGUCUUCAUACUCCAGAUCCGUGCCUUUCUAGCAAAGAAGGGAAUCAUCAAGGUCCAAGAAUGUGACAUCGAACGACUCAUUGGGACGAUGUGCCUGGAGCAGAGCCAGGUCAUCCAUUACUUCGCAAGAACAAAGCCAGGCAGCGCCCACGGAAACAUCGCCGGUUUUUUCUUUCCCAACUUUCCGUACAUCGACAACGAUCUGAAUUUCAAGGUCGCGGACCUCUUUGCGGUGGACAUCGACCUGGACACAAAGAAAUUUGUCAAGGCCAAACUGGACGACGAAGACCUCACGCCGAUGCAAACACUCAUCAUGCUUUGGCACAACACCAUUUCCGCACAGCACGUCAAACUCCACGCUUACGCCAACUGGGGAGUCAACGACAGCAUCAGCCUCAAGAAGACGAACCCCUUCCUUCGCMAGAACAGUGUCGUCACAAUCCUGUACAACUUUUUUGGGUACACUCUCUUUGAGCACUUCAUGAAGGCAUGGGAGAAGCAGGGCCUCAUGUCGAAAGGAUGGUUCGAAUCCAAAACCUUUAUCAAGUGUAUUAACCACGGCAUCCACGAAGGCAUUCGACAACACCCACACAUUUCCGAGCUAGCGAACGAUUCCCGGUUUGUCAACUUUACCAUCAAGGUCCGCUCUAUCUUCAUGAGUGAAUUUGCAAAGCACAAGGAUACCUUUCCGGGAAUCGAUGGAGAGGUAAGUACCUUGCGGUGCAACCGAUGGUUUUGGAUCUCUUUGUUUUUGUGAAACUGUUUCCCGUCGUGCUUUUGCGCGAUCGAUCGAUUGUUGCUUGCUUGCUUGCUCUGUUUCGCUCAUCCGUGCGUUUCUUUGUUCGUCUCUCAAACGCAACACGACACAUCGAAACACCAUGUCACACACAAUGCAAACCGUACGUGUCGACAGGCUAUGUUCAUUGGCACCGUACUCCAUUCGCUCGAUCACACUCUCAUGGAUUGGAACCUUGUCGAUGCUCUGUGGCUCGACGUGGACGACCCAAAGUUUGGUAAGAUGGCGGAACUCGGUCGCAUUGUGAAGGUUGGCUUCGUGUCGGACGUCCCCUUUUUGUAUUUCCACAAGCGGUUCAAGGGAAGCAAGCACCCUUUCUACGAAGCGGUCUACGAGAAGGCAGCAAAAGUCGAUAAGGAUCUCGCCGACAACAUGGAUACUUGCAUCAUCAAGUAGUUGUUGCGGUGGCUUGCUCGCACCGUGUCGACCCACGUGUGUUUGGUGACCGAGGGCCAAGCAACCUGUUUCCCCGUUGCUUCCUAGCCGAUCAUGUGAGCUAAAGUAGCUGCUGAAAUUUUUUUCAAUAUGUAAAAAUUAACUUGGAUACGGUAA